AUGGAAAAUCUUGUCAAGAAGCGAUCUCCGUUACGAACAUCUUUUACUAAGACAUAUAUGAAUUUAAUGGCCUUGUUUGAGAAUGAAAAUAUUGCAAUAAGUGAUCUUAAGAUUAAAUUAGCUACUUUAGAACGCAUUAAUGCUGGUUUAAUGACUCUUGACAACGAAAUUUUAGAACUUACAUUAAAUGCAGAUGAUGACGGUAAAAGUUAUACUGUCGAAUUUGAAGCUAUAGAAGAAUAUAAAAUCAAGUUUGAUGAAGCGUUAGUUUACGUAAAUUCUUUUUUAGAAAGUAAAUCCCAGAUAAGCGCUAGUAUUAAUAAUGAGAAAUCACAACUAAAACUUCCCAAACUGGAAUUAAUGAAAUUCGGUGGUGAAGUUAAAGAUUGGCUGUGCUUUUGGAGUCAGUUUAAAAGAAUUCAUGAACAUAAACAAAUGGAAGAGGGAGAUAAAUUCCAAUAUUUUAUACAGUGUAUGUCUCCUGGUACAAGAGCGAAGGAGAUCAAUGAUAGUUAUCCACCAACAGCAGAAAAUUAUGAAAAAGCAAUUGAAAGCCUCAAAGCAAGGUUUGGCCGCGAGGAACUGUUAGUGGAGUAUUAUGUUCGCGAACUCUUGACUUUAGUUGUUAAAAAUGCUACUAAAUCGAAACUAAACAUUACUCAAUUGUAUGAUAAGCUUGAAUCCCACCUAAGAUCAUUAGAAUCUAUUGGGAUGACAUGCGAUAAAUAUGCUGCUAUGCUAUUCCCACUUGUGGAAUCGUGUGUUCCAGAAGACAUUUUAAGAGUUUGGCUAAGAAAUUCUGCAAGUGAAGAAAAAUCAUACAGUGCAAGACUGAACCAGCUUCUAAACUUUUUAAGAACUGAAGUAGAGGGGGAAGAACGGAUCACCCUUGCAAAGUCGGGAUGA